AUGGUAAUGACAUCCACAGCCCAUCAAUCUAGCCUGUCUAGUGGCUUUGCCGCCAAUGCUACACAGCCAGUUGUAGAUGCCAUGUAUAAGCUAGGCUACAAGGAUGCUCAAUCGGACAGUGCAAAACAUGCCAAAGAAAGCAAAAACGAGAAAAAUGACAAAAUUGCAAAAGAUGAUGGAGCCUCGAUUUCCAGUGAUGAGGCUGUAAAAAACAAAUCUUUGCUUCCAUUCGGAAGAAAAAAGAGCAAGAAAAAGGACAAGCAUGGCGAAAAAGCAAGCCCAGAGGGUAAAACAAGUGCUGACGCUUUGAAAGGAAGCCAUAUUGAUGCUACCCAGAUUCAUGCAAGCUCCAAUGGUCGUGUCGUUUCUUCCCCACCCAAGGUAUCUAGAAUACCCAUUUCCAAAUCUUACGGUGGAGAUUUUUCAAACGGCAAGGACCCUGUUGACUUGACUCAAGGCGGCACUCCAAUUGAGAAUUCUGAUCCACAAUACAGCAAUGUGUCUAAGACUGUUGAUGGAGAAGGCGCCUUUUUUGAUCCAAGAGACACACAAGGUGGUGUGUACAAGGAACAUAGGCCAUCGUCUGAGCAUCAGGAUGAUACGCUCGUCAAAUCGAGCCACAAAGAUCCCCAAACCAUUGUACCCGGUGGUGUUGCCAUAGGUGAGUACGGGAAGCAUUCUGAGGCCACCCAAGCAGAGCUCAAGAACAAGUACACCAAUGAACCUGCCACCUCACUGGCCGGAAUUGGCCUGUUCUCGAAGGAGGACCAAAAAGAAUUGGAAACUGAACUUUACAACGCUGGGCGUCGUCAAGGUGCGGAGGAUUCUAAGUCUAAGAACGAUGGAAGUUCGAACAAGAAGUUGCUUGGUAUUAAGAAGUUGUUUGGUGCUGGUCACAGUAAAGAGGAGAACGCUGAGCCUAAAUCGAAUGAGAGCAACCACAACCGUGGUACGGCCUCCACUCGCGAUGAAAACCAUCACGCUGUAGGCUCCGAUUUGUCCGCGACCCACGGAAAAUCUACUAGCCCCACAAGUACUUCUCAAUCCUCGAGCACAAAGCAAACUUUGGGCCAAAAGCUUUAUGAUACAGGUUUGGAGCAUGGAAUCAAAGAUAAGAAAAGAUAUCUUGACGGAACAGGAGAGACUAGCACAAACACUUUGGGAUCUCAAUCUCACUCUUCCGACAGAAAAGGUGAGGAUUCAACUAACCGUGCUAUCGCCGACUCUUCGAAUGUUCUGAAGCAAAACGAGCUCGGUCUGUCUUCGGUUGCCAGAACCACUGGAGAGCCCAAGACCCUGAAUGCUGUUCAAGUUGACACCCAAAAAUUCUAUGAUGCAGGGGUCGCUCAUGGUAAGAAGGAUCAAAAGAGCUCUACAAGCCGUAGCGCUGACUCUUCAUCUCCCAGUUCCUCUUCGGACGAUUCUCGCGGGAAGGGACGCAGUCUUGGUCAGAAACUUUACGAUACCGGAUUAAUUCACGGUAUUAAGGAGGCUAAGAAGCAAGAGGCUACAAGCUCCAGUGUCAGUGGCUCAAAGAAAUCUGACGACACCCACUCCAAAGAGAACAAAAGCUUUUACGAGGCUGGUCUUCAACAGGGAUUGAAAGACGGCUGCCAUCAGCAUACAGCCAGUGGAGCUUCCACUUCAGGAGUUACCGACAGCGCAAAGCCUUCUAGCCAAAAGCAAACUGGAAGUGAUGAUGUUGUCUCCUCUCGAAACUUGCAUGACAAUAAGGAAAAGCAGUUCUCCACGCCUCAACAUUCUACUUCCACCAAUGAUAAUAGAACUGAGGGCUCAGUUCUUUCCGCUGUAGAGAAAUCAGCUCUUUACGAAGCUGGUGUUGCUCAAGCGAUCAAAGACUCGCAGAAGUCACCAACUCACAAGUCGGUAGACGAUGCCACAAAGAGAAACAAGAAUUUGCACGACAUCGAGACUCCUCAACUCUCUGAGCCACAUGAUUCUACACAUGAAAAGACUUGGACCGAGCUGAUCUUGUCUGCUGUCGGUGUGACUGGUCUUGGUGGCGCCCACGAUGCCAACGAUUCGUUGUCUCAGUCCCAGCAAUCAGCAAUUCCUACCAGUAGAGAGAAGACUGAUGCUGUUGGCGUGAAAUCUGCCGAGCAAUAUAGCACGGAUGACUCAGCUCAAGGUAAGACCUGGACCGAACUGAUUUUGUCUGCUGUUGGUGUGGGAGGAACCGGUACAGGUGCAGCAGCGGUUGGUGGUGCUCAAGUGCCCAAAAGCUCUCAAGCUCAAGACCAGAAGUUGUACGAUGCUGGGCUUGCGCAAGGUGUCAAAGACCAAAUGAAUCAUAUCAAUUCUCAGGGAGCUGCUUCUGCUUCCCGCACAGGUGUUACUCAAGACACUCGUGGAAAUUCCGAUAGUAUCCAAAACGUAAGCCACAGUGCUACUUCUGGCAAUGCAAAGGAUCAGAUUCAAGCACUUGGCACUUUGGACCCUGCUGCCCAGCCUACAACUGUAAAGUCUCACACCCAUGAGUCUACCACUCAAGGUGCACCUACAGGAACUGUAUUUGAUGAGAAGUUCUACGAAGCAGGACAUGCCAAGGGUCAACAAGAAAAGCGCGCUGUUGAGGACCAUGCUGGACUCGCUUCUAAGACUCAUGAAAGCAACGCUGGCUCCUCUGACUUCAAUAAGGGUCAUAGUUCCAGAGGUACGGAGGGACAAAAUCAAUCUCUGACCAUCAAUGCUUCUGAGAGCAAGGCACAUAAGGAGGACCACGAGGUUAACAAAUCUGUUUACAACCCAGCUGGAAUUCAAGGUGCCAUUGAGGAGUUGACUAAAGGCAAUGCUUCAAGCCACAUGCCUGGCGCUUAUGGUGCUGAGAAGUAA